GCCGCGGCGCCGCAGCCGCAGUGACAGGCGAGCCCGUCUGGGUGACGAGGGCAAGUGCGGGCCGUGGCGAGCCGUCCCCGCGCAGCCUGCUCGGGGCGGCGAGGGUGACAGUUGCGGCCGCCGAGUGCAGCGCGGGCAGAGCUCAGCUGGGCGGAGGCUUCAACCCAGACGCGGGGAAAAUGGCUGAUGACUUCGGCUUCUUCUCGUCGUCCGAGAGCGGGGCCCCGGAGACCGCCGAGGAGGACCCGGCGGCCGCCUUCCUGGCCCAACAGGAGAGCGAGAUUGCUGGCAUCGAGAAUGAUCAGGGCUUCGGGGCACCUGCCGGCAGUCAGGUGGCCUCGGCGCAGCUGGGACUCGCGAGCGGGGCUGGUUCUGAGGACAUGGGGACUACAGUCAAUGGAGAUAUGUUUCAGGAGGCUAAUGGGCCUGCCGAUGGCUAUGCUGCAAUUGCCCAGGCAGACAGGCUGACUCAGGAGCCGGAGAGCAUCCGAAAGUGGAGAGAGGAACAGAAGAAAAGGCUGCAGGAGCUGGAUGCUGCCUCUAAGGUGAUGGAACAGGAGUGGCGGGAGAAGGCCAAAAAAGACCUAGAGGAGUGGAACCAGCGCCAAAGUGAACAAGUUGAGAAGAACAAGAUCAACAACCGGAUUGCUGACAAAGCAUUCUACCAGCAGCCAGAUGCUGAUAUCAUCGGUUAUGUGGCAUCUGAGGAAGCUUUUGUGAAGGAAUCCAAGGAGGAGACCCCAGGCACAGAGUGGGAGAAGGUGGCCCAGCUGUGUGACUUCAACCCUAAGAGCAGCAAGCAAUGCAAAGACGUGUCCCGGCUGCGCUCGGUGCUCAUGUCACUGAAGCAGACACCACUGUCCCGCUAGGUGCCUGCUAUAAGUAUGGCCCUAAAGCAUAGGCCAUGCUGGGGCAAGAGGAGGAGCAGCUGUUUCGCUAGGGUGGAACUUCCUCUGGCAGCUGCCACACACAGCCUAUUCUGUUCCUCCCCAUCUUUGAGAGCUGGGAAAUGGGACCCUUACCCUUCUCUCCCCUCCCUCCCUCUUGGCCCUAUGUUCUAGCUCUGCACAACUUCUCAGUCCACUCAACUGUGACUGUCCUUCCUGAUGUAUUUUUUUUUUCUUGGCUUAAAGGGUGUGUUAACUCUUUUUACACUUAUUUAUUAUCAUCUUUAUUUCUCUGGAAGCCACAACUGGUGUCGGGGCUCAGUUUGUGCUUAGAACUUUGCCAGCCUCAUGCCCUGGAGAAGUGAGGCUGGACCCUAGAAAUUCAGCAGUUCACAGACGGAAGUAGGAGCCCCAACAUUCUAUCUGCUGCCUCCCUCCUCAGAAGAAAAGACAAGCUCUCACAAAACAGUUUUGCAACCUUUUUUUUUUUUGGUUUUUUUUUUGAGACAGGGUCUCCCUGUAGCACCAGCUGUCCUGGAACUCACUAUGUAGACCAGGCUGGACUUGAACUCGCUGGGAGUGCUGGGAUUAAAGGCGUGCGCCACCACACCCAGCUGCAACAUCUUUUAUGACCCUUUACUAAGUUUGAAGGUGGGGACUCUGCUCUUAUAAACAGCUGAGGAAACUAAGGCUCCCAAAAUGGAAGUAGCUUGCAGUGGGAGGGAGGAGGCAAGACCAGAGGUCCUUGCAGUAGUUUCCAAGCCUGGGUAAGAGGCUGGCAAAUAUAUACUGUCAGACCCUCUUUCUUGGGGUUGGCCAGAACCCUUUGGAUGUGGAAGGAUGUGCUACACUGCAUAUGCACCUCCCAUCUUCAGUUGUUCCCUCUUGUGGAUUUGGGAUAAACAGGUGACCACACCUUCUUCCCUCUUCAGCAGAUGCUAUAAAAACAGGACGUUUAAGCUAUUGUAAUCUGCAUGGUAUUUAAAAAGAGUUGACUAAUUGCCAACAGUAUUAGGCCUCUAGUUCUGCUAUGCUCAAAACUGACUGGCUUAGAACAUGUGAAAUUUAUUGUCUCACAGUUCUGGAGGCUAAAUUCUCAAAUCUGGGAAUCACCCAGAAUCUCCACUGCCUCUGGAGAUGCCUAGGGCAGGAUCUGCACCUCUUUCCUAGCUUCCGGUGGCUAAGGCAUUCCUUGGCUUGCAGAUACCUCCCUCAUUUUGCCUACAUCAUCACAUGGCUGUCUUCUCAUCUUCCUUCUACUUAUGUCUGUGUCCAAAUUUUCUUUUUAUAAGGAUACCAUACUAUAUUGGAUUAAGGCCCACUUUAAAUACAUUAUUUUAAUUAUUAGUGGCUAUAAAGUUCCUACUGACAAAUAAGGCCUAAGGAAUUGA